AACUGCUGACGGUCUACCUUCAAAACAACCUUGUUGACCCCAUCAAGAAUCCAUUAUGAGAGCGAUGAAAAUAGUGGCAAGUAGUACCAAGUUGGGAGCAACCGCAAGAGGAGCAGCUUACGCUUUGUCGCCGUCUUUUAUUUGCUCCAACUUCGCUAAUAGUUCCAGGAAGAGAGUUCAAGUGGUUAAAUUCCAUGGAAGGCUGUUGAGUAAGCCACCGGGAAUUCAAGCAAUGUUGAACACUAGUGCCUUGCAGCCCAGCAAAUACAGCAGCAACUUUAAAUUUAAACUGGCUGGUGUUGGAGGGCCUCUUCAUGGGUUUGCUGCUUUUACCACAUCUCAUGCCACUAAUGAUAAGAAGAAGAGGAAGGAGAGGAGUAAGGAAAUGGCAAACGGAACAAUUGGAUCAAGUGCAAAGGUGGGGCUGGUGAAGGAAAAGAGGAGAACUCGAUCUAAUAAGGAGUAUGAGUAUGAUUCGAUUAUACAGGAAUCAGAUGCAUCGCAUGUUCCAGUGAUGUUAGGUGAAGUGUUGGAGGUUUUCUCGUCAUCAAGGAGAAUCAGCUCUUUCAUUGACUGUACACUUGGAGCUGCUGGUCAUUCCUCUGCAAUAAUCAGGGCCCAUCCAGAGUUGAAACUUUAUAUUGGAAUGGAUGUCGAUCCUUUGGCGCAUGAAAAGGCUCGAACUCACAUCGAUUCCCUCUUGGAUGCUCAUUCUGAUUUGAAAGCACAUAUCUUUCUGAAAAAUUUUAGACAUAUCAAAUCUGUGCUUAGCAAGGUUGAUGAGAAUCAAGCAAACUCGGGAGUGGAUGGCAUAUUAAUGGACUUGGGAAUGUCCUCUAUGCAGGUGAACAAUCCCAAAAGAGGUUUUAGCAUGCUUGGUAAUGGGCCUCUAGACAUGAGAAUGGAUCCUCAGGCAAGUCUGAAAGCAGAGGACAUAUUAAAUUCAUGGCUAGACACCGAAGUGGGUCGAGUCCUGCGAGAAUAUGGGGAAGAAAGCAACUGGCGUUUGCUUCAAAAAAGGAUUGUUCAAGCUCGUCUUCAUGGUGGAUUGCAUUCCACCAGUGAACUGGUAGAUCUUAUCCGGAAUGUGACUCCACGGACUAGAGGAGGUAGACAAGGUUGGAUAAAGACAGCAACACGGGUGUUUCAAGCUCUAAGAAUUGCCGUGAACGAUGAACUAAAGACACUGGAAAAUUCCCUCUAUGCUUCUUUUGAUUGUCUUGCUCCUGGGGGUAGGCUUGCUGUCAUUUCCUUCCACAGUUUGGAGGACAGAAUUGUGAAACAAACUUUUCUCAACAUCAUUGACUGCAAUAAAGAAGAUGAUGAAGAGGGGAAUGGAGACGAGAGAAGAAGAAGAGAUCUGAAACAGAUCAGAAAUGAUAGUGAUGUAAAUGAGAUGUGGAUUAAACAAAUGAUACAAGGUUGGAAUGGAACAAUUCUCACAAAGAGACCUAUAACACCAUCUGAAGAAGAGGAAAGAUUGAAUCGCCGCAGCAGGAGUGCUAAGCUCAGGGUGAUUCAAAAGGCUUGAAAAUACAUGACCAAUUCGUCGCGGGAAAACCAAUAUGUAAUCUGUAUUAAGCUAUAUGUAUGUUGUUCCACCCUCAUCAAUUCAUCAUUCUUGAAUCUUCAUUGUAGGUUACAUGCUUUUACCAUAAUCUUUUGGAAUCCUUU